GCUCGAGGCCAGCCCGGGACCGGGGCUCCGAGCUGGAAGGCGGCGGCGGCGGCGGCAGAGGCGGCAGCGAGCUCCGGCUCUCCGACGCCCCCAGGCGGCGGGGCUGAGAGAGCCCGAGGAUGGCUGCGAGCGCGGACCCCGGGAUGUUCCAGGUGUUUCUAUUCCUGCUGCUGCUGUGGUUUCUGCCCCUGACGGAGGGGUCCCAGCGGGCUGAACCCAUGUUCACGGCAGUCACCAACUCGGUCCUGCCCCCUGACUAUGACAGCAACCCCACCCAGCUCAACUACGGAGUGGCAGUGACUGAUGUGGACCGUGAUGGGGACUUUGAGAUCGUUGUGGCUGGGUACAAUGGCCCCAACCUGGUUCUGAAGUACGACCGGGCCCAAAAGCGGCUGGUGAACAUCGCGGUGGACGAGCGCAGCUCCCCGUACUACGCGCUGCGUGACCGGCAGGGCAACGCCAUCGGGGUCACAGCCUGUGACAUCGACGGGGACGGCCGCGAGGAGAUCUACUUCCUCAACACCAACAACGCCUUCUCAGGGGUGGCCACGUACACGGACAAGUUGUUCAAGUUCCGCAAUAACCGCUGGGAAGACAUCCUGAGUGACGAGGUCAAUGUGGCCCGUGGCGUGGCCAGCCUCUUUGCCGGGCGCUCUGUGGCCUGCGUGGACAGGAAGGGCUCCGGACGCUACUCCAUCUACAUCGCCAACUAUGCCUACGGUAACGUGGGCCCUGACGCCCUGAUCGAAAUGGACCCCGAGGCCAGUGACCUCUCCCGGGGCAUUCUGGCGCUCAGAGAUGUGGCAGCUGAGGCUGGGGUCAGCAAAUACACAGGGGGCCGGGGCGUCAGCGUGGGCCCCAUCCUCAGCAGCAGUGCCUCGGAUAUCUUCUGCGACAAUGAGAACGGGCCCAACUUCCUCUUCCACAACCGGGGUGACGGCACUUUCGUGGAUGCUGCGGCCAGCGCUGGUGUGGACGACCCCCACCAGCACGGGCGCGGAGUCGCCCUGGCGGACUUCAACCGUGAUGGCAAAGUGGACAUCGUCUAUGGCAACUGGAACGGCCCCCACCGCCUCUACCUGCAGAUGAGCGCCCACGGGAAGGUCCGCUUUCGGGACAUCGCCUCGCCCAAGUUCUCCAUGCCCUCCCCUGUGCGCACAGUCAUCGCCGCUGACUUUGACAAUGACCAGGAGCUGGAGGUCUUCUUCAACAACUUCGCCCACCGCAGCUCCUCAGCCAACCGCCUCUUCCGCGUCAUCCGCAGGGAGCACGGCGACCCCCUUAUCGAGGAGCUCAACCCUGGCGAUGCCUUGGAGCCUGAAGGUCGGGGCACAGGGGGCGUGGUGACCGACUUCGAUGGAGACGGGAUGCUGGACCUCAUCUUGUCCCACGGAGAGUCCAUGGCUCAGCCGCUGUCCGUCUUCCGGGGGAAUCAGGGCUUCAGCAACAACUGGCUGAGGGUGGUGCCACGAACCCGGUUUGGGGCCUUCGCCAGGGGUGCCAAGGUCGUGCUCUACACCAAGAAGAGCGGGGCACACCUGAGGAUCAUCGACGGGGGCUCAGGCUACCUGUGCGAGAUGGAGCCCGUGGCUCACUUUGGCUUAGGGAAGGAUGAAGCCAGCAGCGUGGAGGUGACAUGGCCAGAUGGCAAGAUGGCCAGCAGAAACGUGGCCAGCUCGGAGAUGAACUCGGUGCUGGAGAUUCCCUAUCCCCGGGAUGAUGACAGACCUCAGGACCCAGGCAGCCUGGAGUGCGGCCAAGGAUUCUCCCAGCAGGAAAGUGGCCAUUGUGCGGACACCAAUGAAUGCAUCCAGUUCCCAUUCGUGUGUCCUCGAGACAAGCCUGUGUGUGUCAACACGUACGGAAGCUACAGGUGCCGGACCAACAAGAGAUGCAAUCGGGGCUAUGAACCCAACGAGGACGGCACAGCCUGUGUGGCCUCCCUCACUCCUUCAGAAGAAUCAAGAUAGUCCUGUCUUUUCUGUAUCCUCCAGUGUCAUGAGCGGCUUAUUUUGCCCUUAACAAAGAUGGCUUCCAGGCGGUUGCUUGCUCAGUUGAUGUGACAGUGUGUCCCGUGCCUGCUGGUUUGGCCUGUGCUGUUUCUGCUCUGCGGGCCCUGCGGGCCUGUGGUAGAGAAAGCC